AUGUCCAUUUUUGUACACCUGGACCGACGGGAGUUCGUCCACCUUUCGUUGAUUUCUUUUGUAUUGCAGGAACUCCACGCACCUUUAACGGUGGUUGCGGAUGGUCUGUUUUCCAAGUUUCGAAAAAAUCUCAUCUCCAGCAAAGUGAAAGUCCCCUCUCAUUUUGUAGGAUGCAUUUUGAAGAAUUCUCCUCAGUUUAAAGCCAAUUACGCUGAGCUGGUUUUAGGAAAUCCGAGUCCAGUGCUCAUCUACCAGAUUUCUUCCAAUGAAACUCGAGUUCUUGUUGACAUUCGAGGUGAAAUGCCAAAAAACCUUAAGGAAUACAUGGUCGAAAAGAUUUAUCCACAGCUACCAGAACACAUUCAAGAGCCUUUCCUCAUAGCAGUACAGAAUGAACGCCUGAGAGUCAUGCCGGCGAGCUUUCUACCACCUUGUCCUGUCAAUAAAGCAGGUCUGUGAGCAAAGCAGAGAAUG